AUGUAUGAAAUUGAUGAUCCGGAUUUGAAGAAAGAGAAAUGCUACACUACAAUUGGGACACUGCCCUCUUUUGUUGAUCAACGCCAGCCGCCUCUAAAAAGAUCUCCCUUCUCUUCCAUUUCUAACCAACCAUUUAUUCACACUACAGAACUUAUUCUACCCAAGGAAACUUAUGACGCAGCUUGGGAUUCCAUAUCAAACAGGAUUCAAACACCUCAAUAUGCAAAAGUGAUCAUGCCACUGUCAGCUUUGCUGGAACAUGAAUUUUUUAACACUUAUAUUAAAAUCGGCGAUAUUCUCCUAAUUUCAGAGGGCAGGAGUGGUGUCGAUAAUGUAUAUACACUCAAAGAAGGAGUUCUUCGGUUGGAGCUCGAUAAGAACUCGUUUGAACGUGCUGGCCUUGACGGCAAACCAAUUCGUAGCGGAGGACGAAAGCACGUAAAGGAAAGAUAUGCUGUGGAGAUCAACCUUAGGUUGCCAUCUAUGCUUCAUGGCAAAAAAGGCUUCGAGCGCGUCGUAUGGGCUUUUAAAAAUGUAUUAACGACUUCCAUGACUUGGCUGUUUUGCGACUUAACUCGAUCCCCAUCCUAUUCAGAAGAAGAGGCCCCAAUCAAAAAGUAUUAUCCGCAGAUUAUACAAUGCAAUCCUACCGUCAAGAUUCUUGGAGCAACAAUGGUUCCACCGAUAAACCUAUCAGAGCUUGAAACAGACACUGGAAAAUAUUUCCUUCACGAAACAUGCGACGAGAUUCAGGAAUGGCUCGGAUUAGUGUUUCUCGAUUCUCCACGCGUGCAUGAUAACGAUACUAUUGAUCCGUAUUUGAGUCGCUACGCGCUUCCUAGCCAUAAUGAGUGCACCCCAACUGACCUAGUUAAGCUUUCCUGGAAAGGACUGCUUCCUUCUACCUGGAUAGUCCAAUUAUUUACAGCUACGUUGCGCAAAUUUGUUUCCUGCUCUUCAAAACCUGGCGGCUGGUUCGCGCUUACAUCAUUUGCCCUAGGACGAGAAGCAGUAGAAAGCAAAGACGGAUAUAUAAUUCUCUCACCGUUGAAUGGAUGGCCUAUUGAAAAGCAACCAUCUGAAGCCGAAGCGGCCGAAGCACGCUCGCAUCGACAGUUCAUAUGUUGGGAGUAUGCAGGAGGCUCGUCGUAUAGUUGA